GUGCUCAAGAUGGGUGAGGGUAAGGAAUCACUCCGACUUUUGAACUUUACUUACCCCUCAGGACUCACCGACGCUCGCUGACGGGUGAGAGGGCGGAGUGCCCUCGAGGGCUGCUGGGGUAUAUAGUCUUCUCCCUUCCCACCGCUUUGCUCCUCUACGACCUCUCUACGACCUUGUCUACUCUCGUACUUUGUCGGUCAUCCUCCACGCCAUCCGGUUACAAUGGAUCCCCUGAUGGAUGUGUCCCAGCUAGCCCACAUUUCUCACUUGAACCGAGCUCAGAAGCGUGCCCUCAUUCUGCGAGACCAGCUCAAGUACAGGGAUCAGCGCCAUCUGGAUACCUUUCUUAUCGGCGUCGUUCAUCCGGAGCCUCCAGUCUACCAGCGCGUCAAUGGCAAGGUCCACCCGCCCCUUACGGAAGUGUCUUUGAAAGAGGGUGCUACGAAAUUUGACCUUGGCAAUGUCAAGUUCGAUGAGGGCAAGACGAUCUUCAGGGUUCACCUCACUAUCGAAGGCGGACACUGCGAGAUGCGCGAAUCAGAGGCGUUGCCGCUAGAUGAAGACAAUCUGGAUUCCAUUCCAAUUCACCAGUUCAUCGCAAAGAAUAUGAUCCCACUAUUCAUGGUCAAGUACGAAGCCAUCCAUAUGCGCAAGCGUAACAUCAAUGAGGCCCGUCACUUCGCGUACAACGCUCUCAAUCUUCCAAAGAUUCGCUUCAGUGAAGGAAAGACGCUCAGCAAACUGCGUGAAGUGGAUCCGGAUCGGAAUGGAUCGUCUGCUACUGGCAAGAAUCGAAAGCGCGCUAUCGGAGAGCCGGUCCCCAGGCACUCAGCUAACAAGCGCAAGCGGAUUGGCCUUGACUGCAUUCCGGACAACGUGAAAAGCGAGACAUUCGGUAGUAUUCCGGAUCAGAUUAAGAUCGACCUCUUCAAUACAGUCGUCAAGACGGCGUUUCCGAACUUCGACAACCUGAUGAUGGCAUCCUGGAACGUGGUGUCAGUCUAUUCGAACAGCGGCAGCGAAGAUCCUGAACUCGAUCGUGCCAUAAAAGACUUGAGCUACGUACUGAGAGAGUUCGAGGGUAGCUACGGAAAGCCAAAGCCCAAGAGUGAGCCGCAAGAGAAGGCUUCUCGAGAGCGGAUUUCGUCGGCCCAGGACGGUCACGUGAAGGACAGCUCCCGAGAGUCUGCCCACGCGAGUGGUCGAGGUCAGGGAGGUUCCGCGACCUCGACUACGACCGCGACCGCUUGCGCAGAGCAUGACCCGAAUGACACCCAACAGAAUCGCCCGGUGCCUCGCUUUCUGCAAAUGACCAGGAACAACGAGGAAACGGCGGAAGAAGAGGUAUCGAAGAAUGCCCGAUACGACCAGGUUCCGGAGAGUCAGCAAGCAGUCAUGACCCGCUAUAUUCCUGAGCGGCAGACUUCUCGAGAAGACCCUGCCCCAAGCCAAUACACGCCUGAGGGGCAAGAAGAUGCAGCGUUCCACGUCCACAAGGAUCCUAGGCGCAGGAACAUAGAGGGACUCAGAGACGGCCAUGUCCAGAGCUCUCGUGGGAAUGGUGCCAGCAUGCAAUACUCGCAGGACGACCCCCAAGGACACACUAUGCUGGACAAUCGAAGCAGAGUCUACGAGCAAGAUCAGCGCACCGCCAACGAUCCCCGCCUACAAUCUCGCAUGAUCAAGUCCACGCGCGAGGAUCGCCGCCAAAUCUAUACCGACGGCGGUCUCGAUAAGCUGUUCGAGGGCGAGGGCCACGAGUCCGCAUCGUCGCCGACGCAGCAGAUGCGCAGCCAGGACAACACUGAGCGCCAACUUCCUUCACCGGUCUACCUUGGCCAGUCGAAGCUCGGAGCUCCCAAGCAGCCUGCAAGCUCUACGGGCUCUGCUCCUAUUGCGCCUAUGAUGCAUAACCGGAAGGAAGCGAAUGGCGGAGAGCGACGUGGACACUAAAGGCAUGUGCCCGAACGGGAGGCCGAUGGUGGCUAGGGCAGUGAAGGCUAAUGGACAAACGUGCAUAUGUGGUGUAGUCUUGCUCCUAGACAGGUGUUCGGGAGCAGAGAGCAUUGAGGCCCGGAGUAUUUGCUUGCAUGCGUGGCCAUCUUUUACAUAUCAUUUUGCCGCGUUUAGACAUUAUUGGCAUGGCUUAUCUCUGCAGCUUCGCUGUGGGGCUGAGCUUAAACUCUCUCCCGGGAGAGGUCAUUGGGGGAUAUUCCGGUGCUUUAUUACCCCUACUGUAUCAGUUAGCAUGAG